AUGAAUGUUCCAAAUAGUUCGAGUCUUCCAAAUGAUAUUGUACGUCUGUCUCUGUUCGAGUUCGCUGUCCUGCCUCCUCAGCUUGUUUGGACGAUCGAAAGGAUAAAAGGAGCGUGGCCUUCUAGUUCGGCCGUAGAAGCAUUUACGGGAAUGGGUGACCUUGAUGGGAUCUUGGGCUCUGGGGAUGAUAUGGUUAAAUCAACAAAUGGCAUAAAGAUGAUAAAAAAGGUUGUUUAUUUUGCAUUGACGUGGCACGCUGGGGGAAAAGGAUCCUGGGACUUAUUGACGUCUAUCUCCCAUUGGCACUCCCUCAAGGAUCCCCUUGGUAAUGAAUGA